GUCAGAUGGUGUUUACCUCGUGUGAACAUGGCUCUGACAAAGUUUAUACGUUUAUUAAAUGCUAGAAAUGUAAUAAAUGUUAAUAAUAUUAGAGAAGUUGGAGACAAUAUAAAUACCAAGCGACUUUUGAGUAUAACGUCGAAAUCGUAUAGUACCAUCAAUAAUGAAAUUGAUUAUGUGGUAGAGGAUAGUUUUCCAAAUACAUCGAAUAAAAAACUAAGUAAAGCUAUGAAAGUGUAUUUACAACAAGCUAAAGAUUAUAAGGAAUUUCUGAAGAAAGAAGCAAUAUCUUAUGAUUUAGGAAAACGACAUUUAGCUAAUAUGAUGGGUGUAGAACUUGAUGAUUUGACGGAUACCUAUAUUGAAAAAACAAUAGAAUAUUUGUUUCCUUCUGGUUUAUAUGACUGGAGAGCACGUCCUAUGAUGGCUCGUCCAGAGAAAUUAUUUCCAAAUAAGAAGGAAGCAGAAUUUUCUGAAAGUGGUAGACCAUAUAAUUUCCUGUUUUAUACUUGUAAACCUGUUUAUUAUGAAAUACUUUAUAAUAUUGCAGACUCGAUAAAACUUUUGAAUAAAAUGGAAGAUGACAAAAUUGCUAAGAAGCAGUUACCUUCCGCUGAGGAGAAAUUUGAUCCAAUAGGAUCAGAUUGGUUAUUACAUAAACAAAUAGAAUCUAAAAUAAUGGAAACAAUUAAAACAGAACAAUUGAAUGCUGUAUGAGGAAAAAUUCAAGGGGAACGGUUAAAGUGUUAGGUAAUGGAACUGGAAAUAUUACUAUUAAUGGGAAGAAUAUUUCAUACUUUCAGGACAUGCAAUGCCG